CACAGUUUUACCGACGUGCGACAGUAAACCGUGUCCGAGCAACCCAGCACGAUCAGGAGCCAUGGGUAUCGACUUGCAGCGUCACCAUGUGCGUAGCACACAUCGCAAGGCGCCAAAGAGCGAAAACGUCUAUCUUCAGCUCUUGGUGAAAUUGUACCGAUUUCUGGCUCGCCGUACCGAUGCCAACUUCAACAAAGUCGUCCUGCGCAGACUUUUUAUGUCCCGGAUUAACCGGCCUCCUGUUUCUUUGUCUCGCAUCGCUUCCAACGUGACCGAGGCUCAUAAAGGCAAGACUGUCGUUGUUAUUGGAACUGUCACAGAUGACAACCGACUUUUGACCGUCCCCAAGUUGUCUGUUGCUGCUCUACGAUUCACCGCUACUGCCCGCGCCAGGAUUGAGAAGGCUGGUGGUGAAAUUCUUACACUUGACCAACUUGCGCUUCGUGCCCCUACUGGCUCCAACACUCUUCUGCUUCGUGGCCCUAAGAAUGCCCGUGAAGCCGUGAAACACUUUGGCUUUGGCCCGCAUAGCCACAAGGUAAUUACUACUGCUAGCUGUAAUUACUACAUUAUUCACUAAUUUUUUUUUUUAGAAACCGUACGUACGAAGCAAG